GGCCUCCUGAUCCUCAGAACGUAUGCAAUGUGGAAGUGCAACAGAAAUAUCUUAUAUGGCCUCCUCGCAUUCGUUAGCAUCCUCUUGACGGUGGCGUUCGUGCUGGAAAUCAAAGCUGGAGACACACUAUCUUGUUUGUUGUACCGAUCCUCACGAACGUACCGCUGCUCAUCUUAUUUGGCAGAUGGCCCACCCCCAUUUUCCGGAGUGCCAGGCUGCUAUCCAAUCAAAACUACCAAUGUACUGUUUAUGUUUUAUGUGAUGCUGGUGAUAUUUGAGUUUGUGAUCCUAGUUCUUGUACUUAUUCAAGCCAGAGGGCAUUUGCAGCGAACCGGUAUCGCCAGUGGAUUGUUGAGGUCGUUGUAUCGCGAUUCUUUGCUCUAUAUCGUUUGCUUAUUGUUCAUAUCUACAGCAAACGUGGUAGUCAUGUCCACCAUUCCGCCGCGCUAUAAUGAAGUCUUCGACACAUUCCCGACAGUCAUGCACUCAGUCCUUGCCUCACGCACCAUGUUUAAUCUCAGACAAAGUGCAUAUUGCGAUGUUAUCACGACGCAUACCAUGGACAACUCGGAAAUGGACUCCUCUUCCAACAAUCCACUUCAUUUUUCUGUUUUUGGUAUAGUUUAAACUUGUGAUCAGGGAGUGAUGUGAAGAAGAGACGUAGUUUUGUCAGUGCCUUACCGUCGCGCAUCAUGGGCCC